AGCGUACGCUAAGUUCACGCGCUACGGUAAUCCCUACCUAAAAACGAAGCAGAAGUACCCGAUUUGGAUCUCCAUAAACCAGUUCGUUGAUUUUCUCUCUCUAACACGCCCACACAUUUUGUCCGUAAAUGUUCUUCACCUUCCCCUCCAUUAAAUUUCUCCUGAAGUAAUCAAUCAUUGACUUCAAUUGGUGAAUUUUUUUUCUUCUUCGGUUCUGUUACGGCCGCGAUUCCGGAGAUGAUGUAGGAGAAAGUAUCCAAAAAAGAGAAUAGCCAUUGUGAAUUUUGGUCGAUUGAAUAUAUCAGAGUGACCUAAAUUUUUUGGUUUAGGUAUGGCUGAUCCUUCAGCUUAUCAAUUGUCCAUUGUCUUAGUGGGGAUUUUCUUUCUUGUCCUGCCAUCAAUCACCGCCGCGGACGACGCUUCUGCCCCUACUGGCGAAAUCGCCAACUGCACCAACGAUUUCCGAUUGGUUAAGAUCAACAGAUGGGUAGAUGGUGUUGAAAAAGAGCCAAUAGGUGGGUUAACUGCUGAUUUUGGCGCUAUAUUGCCUGCUCUCGCGAAACAAGGCAACAGAUUGCCAGCUACUUUUUCAGCACCUCUAGAUAGCUGUUCACUCUCCACGACUAAGCUAUCAGGCUCUAUUGCAAUUGCUGUACGUGGUGAGUGUAUCUUUACCGCCAAGGCUCAAAUUGCACAAGCAGGAGGAGCGGCAGCAUUAGUGAUGAUAAAUGACGAUGAAGGUCUUCUUCAGAUGGGUUGUGGGAAUGAGACUAAUUUGAACAUUACAAUUCCUGUUAUUACAAUUUCUAAGUCAGGAGGAGAGGAACUAAAGAAAUCCAUGGAUGGUGGAGCGAAAGUGGAACUUCUGCUAUACGCUCCCAAUCGACCAAUUUUAGACUAUUCAGUGAUAUUCUUGUGGAUGAUGGCUGUUGGAACCGUAGUUACCGCUUCACUUUGGUCGGAGAUCACUGGAUCGGAGAAUAGUGAUGAGCGCUAUAAUGAAUUGUCACCGAAGGAAUCUGAUGCUGCAGCAGCAAAGCAGGAGGAAGACAAGGAAAUCCUCCAUAUUAACACGAAAAGUGCUGUAGUUUUUGUUAUAACGGCAUCAACUUUUCUGCUGCUACUUUACUUUUUCAUGUCUUCGUGGUUUGUCUGGGUGCUAAUUGUACUUUUCUGCAUUGGUGGUAUUGAGGGAAUGCAUAAUUGUAUCGUUUCAUUGGUGAUGAGCAAAUGCAAAGGUUGUCAAAAGAAGACGGUAAAUCUGCCACUUCUUGGGGAGAUGACCAUUCUCUCUUUAGUUGUGUUGAUAUGCUGUCUGGUAUUUGCCGUUGUCUGGGCUGCUAAUCGGAAGGCAUCUUACUCUUGGAUUGGACAAGAUGUUCUUGGAAUUUGUAUGAUGUUAACCGUAUUGCAAUUGGCUCAAUUACCAAAUAUAAAGGUCGCCACAGUACUUCUGUGUUGCGCAUUCUUAUACGACAUAUUUUGGGUUUUUCUAUCUCCAUAUAUAUUCCAUGACAGCGUUAUGAUUGCGGUUGCUAGAGGCGACAAAAGCGGUGGAGAAUCGAUCCCCAUGCUUCUGAGAGUUCCUCGAAUUGCCGAUCCUUAUGAGGGUUAUAACAUGAUAGGCUUUGGGGAUAUUCUGUUCCCUGGUUUGCUAGUGUCCUUUUCUUUUAGAUUCGACAAAGCUAAUAAGAAGAGGAUACUAAAUGGGUACUUUCUAUUUUUGACAAUUGGCUAUGGACUUGGUCUAGCAUUUACGUACUUAGGGUUGUAUUUGAUGGACGGACAUGGUCAACCUGCUCUCCUAUACCUAGUCCCUUGUACAUUGGGAACUUGUGUCGUGUUGGGUUGGAUAAGAGGGGAGCUGAAACAACUCUGGAGCUACGGCACUUCUUCGGCAGAUGCUACUGCUUCUGGAGAAGCUUGACGCACGGUAUAUUUCCCAUCUUCGACCCGAACCAAAUUCGACGGUGAUACUACAGUGUAGAAGCUUAUAUACUUUAUGCACUUAUCUUUUUUCCUUCAUAUAUUAGUUUUUUUUUUUCUUUCUUUUUUUCAAAUGUUUUCCUCACAUAUAUUGCACACCAGAGAGACUAAGUAAAUAGUUUGAUUAUA